GGGGCGCGGCAUCAAUUUCAAUAACUUUAUUGGUGGCCUUCUCCAGGGAGCAGCCUCAACGCCCUGGCCCCCGGGAGGAGGAGGAGGAGGAGGAGGAGCAGACGGGGCGGAGGGCUCCCCACUGAGGGGCCGGCGGGCGCGGGAGGGCGGAGCCGGGCAGGCCUCCCUAGCGGGGGAUUCCCUGGCCCGGGCGCCCCUGACGCGGCUGCGGGGGUGUUCCCCGCCCCGCGCUCCUCUGCGGCUGGUGGCCCCCGACCGGCGCUGCGGCCAUGGGGAACACGGCGAGCGAGCGGGCGGCCGGCGAGCGCCACGGCUCCAAGGCUGCGCGCGCCGAGGGCGCCGGCGGCCAUGCCCCGGGCAAGGAGCACCGGAUCAUGGUGGGGAGCACCGACGACCCCGGCGUCUUCAGCCUGCCGGACUCCAAGCUCCCUGGGGACAAAGAGUUUGUAUCGUGGCAACAGGACUUGGAGGACUCUGUAAAGCCCAUACAGCAAGCCCGACCCACUGUUAUCCGCUGGUCUGAAGGAGGCAAGGAGGUGUUCAUCUCGGGGUCCUUCAAUAAUUGGAGCGCCAAGAUUCCACUCAUUAAGAGCCAUAAUGACUUUGUUGCCAUCCUGGACCUCCCUGAGGGAGAGCACCAGUACAAAUUCUUUGUGGAUGGACAGUGGGUUCAUGACCCAUCAGAGCCUGUGGUUACCAGUCAGCUGGGUACAAUUAACAAUUUAAUUCAUGUCAAGAAAUCUGACUUUGAGGUAUUUGAUGCAUUAAAGCUGGAUUCUAUGGAGAGCUCAGAGACAUCCUCUCGAGACCUUUCCAGCUCACCCCCAGGGCCCUAUGGACAAGAAAUGUAUGUGUUUCGAUCUGAGGAGAGAUUCAAAUCCCCACCUAUCCUCCCACCUCACCUUCUCCAAGUUAUUCUUAACAAGGACACUAAUAUUUCUUGUGACCCAGCCUUGCUCCCUGAACCCAAUCACGUUAUGCUGAACCAUCUCUAUGCGUUGUCCAUCAAGAUAAAGAAACUAAAGCUCAGAGAAGGUCAAAUUGCCAGACAGUGUGAUGGUGCUUAGUGCAACCCAUCGUUACAAAAAGAAGUAUGUGACUACUCUGCUUUACAAGCCCAUCUGAAGGGACCCUGUCUGCCUCCCAGGAUUCAGGAGAAGCAUCUCCCUUGCCUGUCUGGAUUAGACCAGUCUUAACUGCGAAUGGAAGGCUGAUUUGCUUUGAGGUUGAUCUGUGUGUUUCAGAACCUCUGAGUAGGAUGCGCUCUGCUUUUGCAUUAAGUGCAAAUGAGAGCUUUGGGUUCAUGGAAUUUUAUUUUGAGAAAAAAAUUAUAUAUACACACACACAUACAAAUAUGAGAGGCAGGUUAAUGGGAGCUUCCUAGGUAGGUAUAUUCUGUCUGCCUAUGGAGUCAUCAAGACCUCUCUGGGAGAGCUGCAGGAAGAACCAUUACAGGAAACUUUUUGCCCUAAAAUGAAUGAAAAGCGAACUCUCAGGAUCCUUGUUUGAUGGAGGUUCUGUGAUCACUACCUUGGUUCUCCAAGUGAUGGAUUUAUGCAAGAUCGUUGUCCUACUGAUAGUUCCUCUUUGCAGGGGCCGCUUCCUUGCAUGGGUUCUCUAUAGUCCUAAAGUAUGUGGCACAUUGCGUAUUCAUGACGCCAGCUGCCUGUGAGAACCAUUUUCUUCUUACUUCACAUUCUUGCUUUGACGGGCUUCAGAUAUCACACCUGACCCCUCUCUAACACAUAGCAAGUGACUUCUUCCAGAGGCCGUGUGAGUUCUGAGCCACCUCAGAGAUGAGAGCUGCCAGCAAGUCUCCUUUUUAGCCCAGCCAAGGCCCAGGUCACUGUUAACUUCCACUAAAGAGAACCUGGCUUAGCAUUUUAAGAUAGGCAAAACCCAAAGAUGACUCCCUUGUUUUGCUUGCUGCCACACUGGCACAUUCCCAUCCCCAUCGGGCUUUCCACUGCACUUGGCCCUACUUUCCAUCUUUUUGCUGUUAGAUAAAAUGGCUUUCAUAGUGGGAGCAAAACCAGGGACAGCUGCUAUAGCUUUCAUUCUUGGAAGAUAUCCUCAAUAUUUAUUUAUUUAUGGCAUUUGAAAAAUAGUUUCACAUGAAAUAAGAGUGAGAGAGAAGACAAACCAGAGCACCACUCCAGGACAGGCAGCACUGAGGACUGAGCCAGGGAUCUUAAGCAAGUAAGUCUGAUGCUCUACCAGGUGAACUACUUACUUCCGCAUUCACUCUUGGAAGAUUUUUAUAUGCUUAUAUUUUUCUUUAAAAUGGGAUGCCUUCUCAUUGGUCUAAAGCGACAGCACAGGAGAAAGUCCAGGCUCUUGAUAACUGGUUCCCAAGAUUGACACGGUGCCCAUUAUUAUACUAACACUGUUCUCAAUACAAAUUCAUUUAAGCUUCUUUGAUACACCUAGAUAGCUCCUUCUACUUAAAGAUUUACUGGGCUAAGAAGCAAGAAAUUCACCCAGAUGUCCCAACCUUGAAAAGUAUUGUUUCCUUGUACUGCUAACAGGAUCUUCCUGUUCUUCUGUCUCUGCGUUUAAAGUGUGUUUGGUGAUGAAGCACUUCCCUUUACUCUUGGGGUUCAGAGAGAAAGCAUUUUUUUCACAGAUAAAUGCAAAUCAGACAUUGAACCCAGGAAGAGGCUAAACUCAUGAGAACUCCUUGGCUACUGAGAUAAGCCCAGCCUAUGGAAAGAGUACCCACAUGUCACUUCAGCUACCUCCUGUCCACCCUCCAACCCCCCUCCAAGUGAACAACACUCUUCUUGGUGUGUGCAGGCCUCUUAGAUCCCAAGUUUGAGGCCAGGGAUCUGUGGGUUGCUAUUGGCUGGGAAUGCAAAUUGCUAAAUGCUUUGGCAGUUAAUCACUGAAAAUAAAUACUGCAUUAGCCACUCAAGUCCAUCAUCAGCAGAAGGCUUCUGUAGGAAACUUUUAUGGUCCCAACCACUUUCUGCCAUUUAGAAAAUCCAGGCCAAAUUCUACUAUAAGCAACUCUCAGGAUCUAUAUUGUCUUUAGUAACACCGAUUAAAUGGUAGGUCAUUUAGGAGGAUUUAAAAUCUCAGUUGUUACAUGGAAGAUAGUGUUGUAUGCCUAUUUCUUGUCAACAGUAUUAAAAUGUAAAUAUAUAUAUACAUAUAUAUAUAUUUAAUUUUGACCAGGGCACCACUCAGAUGUGGUUGUGAGUGAUGCCAGGGAUCAAACCUGGGAAUCUUGCAUACAAGUCCUGUGCACUAGCACUGUACUAUCUCCCAGGUCCCAUAUAUUAAGAUUUUCUCCACAUGGGUUAUCAGUUCUAGGGCAGAAGAAGAGAUCCUUUUCUGUGUUUCUCCAACCAGAGAGUUCUCUGAACUCAGUCUGACUCCAGUGACAGGAGGUUUUGGUGCUGGUGACCAUGAGAUCUUUCUAAUUUGUAAAAGAAUGUCAGUUUCCCAAAUUCCAGGGUAAGCUUAGCCAGCUGUGAAAUGGAAAGCUGUGGUCUAGUAGGGAAGGGGGUGGGCAAGAGGUACUGGGUGACAGUUCAGUCAGUACUGUCCAUCUCUAUACUACUCAUAAUGACAGACUCUCAGGCUGACCCCCCCACACACACAUCAGAAACUGUUCUAGAAGGCAGAGGAGGGAGGGAGAAAAGGAGACAAAAGUAUAACUGAUUCAUUUUUAUACUGGUUAAAGAGGCAGUUUCUUUUCUGCUGGAAGAGUGUGACAGAUUUUGAAAAAAAAAAUACCUGUUUUAGAUUUUUGUUUGUAUUACCUGUGGGAAGUUUCAUACAGUCAGAAUUGGGAAAGUUAAAAAAGUUGCUCUGGGGAGUUACCUCAGAGAACUGCAUCAUUAUUUAAAGGUUGUUAGAGAAAAUUUUAAAAGACUGAGUUGAAGAAUGGUACUAGGAAAUAAAAGGCUUGAGUCUACCGAAACUGAAAGCAUAUUCUUUUUAAUCAUCAAAUCAAACAUGAAUACUGGUAUUUUUUCAAUCUCACUGUAUAGAAGUUAGUGUAUAAGACAUCUCCUUUCUGUCUUGUCCCUGUUCUCUCGUUUUGUUUUCCUGCUUUAACUUCAUUUGCCAGACAUACUUCACCAGGAUUUCUUUUCAAACAUUACUUAAGUCAAAUGUUAAUCAUUUUGCUGGUUUGGAGAAUUUCCAAGUCAUGGUUACUUGUUUGCUUUGCAUCUAUGAUUGAAUGAGAUUAAGCUAUUAUAUUUGAUACCCCUUAAGGUAGUAUGUCUGGCUUCAGUAGUAUAGCUUGUAUGGCAGAUAACUCUUGUAAAAAGAGAAUCCAAGAGAAGUUUCUGAAAAGAUCCUGCAUACCCAGGCCCACUCAUUCACCUCCAGUUAUUUGUAGUCUCUUGUGGGCCUAAUGGAUGUGAGGUGAAGUCGUUGAGAAGUGUCAGUUUUCCACAUCUGCUGCCAAAUCAAUUUAAGUUUGGAAAAUAGAGUUACUUCUAAUGGGGUUUAUAUUAAUUGGGUAUUAAUGAAGGGGCUGUACAAAUGAUAGGACUCCCAGCUUUUGGGGAAAUAGGGCUUUUAAAAUUUUGACCUCAACUAAACAUGAUAUGCAAUAGUCUAUGUUUGUGUGUAUUUGAAAUAAUUCUAUCCCUAGAGUUUUCUAAAUCCUUAUGUUUCUAGUGAUUUGAGGCAUAGAAUUAAGAGUAUAAUACAGUUGGUGCCCACAUUAUUCUGACCCUUAAGGUCAAGUUACAGAUGUCUUCUAGGGGCUGCUGACUUUAAUUCCUAUGAGAUCAAGGGUUAGCAUCUUUCAGAACUCUGGGUCUAGGAUCAGAGGACUAGCUCACCAGAUAGGGUGCCUGCAUUGCCAUGCACACAACCCAGGGUCAAGCCCUGGCACCACCUGGUAGGGGUUAAGGCAACAGAGGAAGCUGUAAUAUUUCCCCCUCCCCCCAUCUAGAUAAAGAAAAAAAUUCCGCCAAAGCUGUGGGUCUAGAUAUUUUUCUAUCCUUAAGUACCAAUCACAAUUUGCAGUUGGAAGGCUAUGAUUUCUGCAAUGAACCCAAACUAUUGGAGUAAAAUGGUCAGAUCUGUUUAAAUAUAAGGAAAAAGGAAGAGUCAGCUACUUAACAGAAUCCAAUUCUUAACAGUGGGAUCCGCCUAGGAUUCUGAUUUAAACUAUCUUGAUUUGCUUUUCUGGAUUGUGCUUUGAUUUAAAUACAUUGUAUUAAGACUAUUACUUCCAACACUAGUUGGAGUUGGAUUAAAUGUGUGCAGUGCAUUUGUAGUUAAAUUGGUGUGCAGUGCUGAGCACUGGAUUUUGUAUUCAGGUUAAAAGGUCAAGGGAUACUACUACCAUAAGUGAUAGAGUAUGUACUCAUCAUUUUACUACUUCUCUGUUCCCAUCCACAGGACACUUUGCUGAACUAGUUUGUGGCUUUAGGCUAGCCAGAGCUCCAUUGUAGCUUGGUCCUGGUGUCCACACUGGGGCUUUUGUGUGAGACUUGUUUGAACUUUGGCAAACUGGAGGAUGUUGCUUGUUGCUGCACAGAAGCAGUGUAAUUGAGUGCAGAUCUGCCAUACAGGGGAAAUAAGACUAUCUGGAGUGGAUUAAAUGGUGCUUUUUGUAACCUUUAGUGUUGAAAUUACAAAGCUGCUUUUCAAUAUUUCACAAAGGAAUGGCAUAUAAAAGCUUUUCUUUAAAUGUGCUUUGUCACUGAACUCUGAUAUGUUUGAAAAUUGUUAUGUAACACAGAAAUGUGAGUUUUCUUCAUACGACUGUUAAAUAAAAGUAUUAUACAGCAAUAA